AUGGCUGCAACUCACGAUCCAAACUAUCAAACAUUGGCUGGAUUGAAUAACAAUGUUUUUGAUAAGAAGGAUGGAGGAGCUGCUGGAGGAGGAGCUGGAGGGCCAACUGCUCCAGCUGAUCAGAACGCGAAAGCAGCUACCCAUGAUCCGAAUUAUCAGACUCUGGCUGGUCUCAACAAUAACGUGUUCGACAAGAAAGAUGGAGGAGGAGGAGGGGCUGCCGGGGGAGACAAAAAGCCAAUUCAACCAGCUGACAAAAAUAAGAAAGCAGCAACAAUGGAUCCCAACUAUCAGACAUUGGCAGCAGUCGGAGGAGAUGUAUUUGGUGCUGAUAAGAAGGCAGGAGGUGGUGGUGGAGGGGAUAAGAAACCCAUUCAACCGACUGACAAAAAUAAGAAAGCGGCAACUAUGGAUCCUAAUUAUCAGACAUUGGCUGCUGUUGGUGGAGACGUUUUUGGAGCUGAUAAAAAAAAGAAAUAG